AUGUCUUUCGGUAGGCAUGCCUACCGGCAUGCUCUCAAACCACCUGCUGCUCCGAUCCUCGACCACCUCUGGAUCAGCGAUGACCUGCUGGCCGCGACGUUUCGUCGCUUCGCCAACGGCCAACGACGCCAUGGGAGCUGCGUCCCCGGACCCCUGGAGGCGCGACGCCGUCUUGCCAAACGGCGGAAUGCUGUGUUGGCGAGCAUUGGUGGAGGCCCGGCUGAAGACAUCGCCUGUUUGUUUGGGCGCAAUGGGAGGGAGCAUAUGAAAUGGACCGACCAUCCAUGGCAGAGAGCGCAACUCGAACCUCAAGACCUGGGCGAUUACACUGCAAGUUUCCCUGAAGUUCCGCUACCCUUUUCCGACCAGAACCCCGGGCCCAGCGAAUUGCAUAUCCCUGAUGUUCGGCCGCCGGACCUCCUUGACACGGAGAAGUUGACGCGCGGCCAACUUCUGGAUGAGUUCCUACGCAAGGAUCACUGGGGCAUUGAAGAUGCCAGGGAUUUCGCUCGCCGAUUACGAAUUGACCUCCAACGGGAGCCAGCGUACAGCCGUCAGAUAUUCGACAGAUUGCUCGUGCGUUCCACUUCGGGCUUGACGGAGGCAAUUGCAUUUUUGGAAGAUCCGUUCUUGAACACGAGGGGCUCGGGCAAUUACCUCGCGGCCGUGGAGCUUUUUGUGCGGAGGAAGGCCAAGCGGUCUCAGCGGACUGGCGUGCUGAAUGCGAUCAACCGCGCCUUGGAGCUGGGAUUGGUUUCAACCGACGAGCUUUGCAUGAUCCUCAAAGCUAUGCCGGGCAUUCUUGUCGAGCGGAGUAAAACGCUGGGGACGUGGGAUCAAAUCGCAUUAGUGAAGCAUUACCGGGCCAUGUGGAGGGCUAUUGGGCGCUGCAAUAUUCUUGGUUAUCGUGACUUGGACCAGGGUAUCGUGUAUACAUGGCUUGAGGAACUCUUGCAUGCUCGCAGCUUUCAUUUUGCACGGGAAAUUGUCGUUGCAACCCACGGCGCCGGCUCUGACGGCCACUGGCCCUCUAUUUUGAUCAAAACAUGGCUGGAGGCUGGGGGCAAGCUCAGCACAGAAACAUCUCUCCCUUUCCCAGUACAAGUUUUGGAUCAAAUCGACACAGACUGUGCAGCCGAUUGUAUCAUUCGCGUCACGGAAUUCUUGACUCUCUCCUCGAGAGACAAAGCUCGCAGGGAUCAAUUGCUUGAACUCUGGCGGAAAUGCUUGUUGAGGAUGCCGAACGUGUCCGCGCUUGCAGAAUCGCCGGUUUGGAUAGAUCUUUCCCUUGCUUAUCCCCAAGGCUUAAACGAGCAGCCUGAUCCUCUUCAAAAACGAUCCACUCGGCACCAGAUUAUUCUGCGCUUGUGGGGUUUACGAACUCUUUGCCGAUCUUUGGGGCCCAUGUACAAUCAGAGCUGCAAAGCAACUGACCGGCCAAUCUAUGAGUUGCUCAGUCUAUACGAGACUGCGAUACAGCACACAGAUGGACCGAUUCUCUCUGACCUGAUGCGAGGAAUCCAUGAUCUGAAUAUCCCAUACAACAGCCUUCUGAUCCUAGCAGUGGACCUCAAGCUGAAGAAACUCACCACCAAAACCACCCGCAAAACCCUCGAGCAAUUGGAAACUUCGCAGACCUCUUUGGCCGAAGUCUGGGCAAACCCCUCCACAUAUAAGGGGAUCCGAGCUCUUUUCUACGGCACCUUCGAGGAAAUGUUCCGGCGCCUGGACCUCACCAGCACCGCCUCAGUAGAAGAAUGCCUCCGACUCGCCCGCGUCGGCGACUCCCAGAGCAUCUGGUCCCUCCUCCGCCUCCUCAGAAACCACACCCCAAUCAAACUGUGCCUGCACAAGGCCUGGCUGCCUCUCCCGCACCCCGACGAGAAAGUCGUCGUCCGCUACCACCCAGGUCCCCGCAACAGCGAGUGUCCAGACCCCCAUGUUGCCGUCGACCUCAUCCAUCAGCUGGCUGUUGCUUUCUCCUGCUGCCGCCAGCUGACCCCGUCCCGCUCAUUUCAUCUCAUCCAUUGGCUCUAUGAUUAUCUGCGCAGGCAUGGUGGGCCUGUGUACCCGGAGCUCGUGCGCGCUAUGUACCACGCUGGUGUGGUGCGCUAUCGUCGUGAGGGCCGUCGGGUGUCGCCUACGCAGUAUGAGUAUAUUAUGUGGAUUAUUCGGAAGUUUGAGGGCCAUGAUGUGGUUGAGGAACUUAGUUUGCCACCCGAGAUCGGUGGAUCCAUGUCUGAUUGCCGUCACGAUGGAUCCUGA